CGGGGGGAGCGGCCGGGAAUGGCGAGGCCGGAGCCGGCGAAGGCGCCGCGGAGCGGCUUCUCCCGGAGGCGACGGACGGGCCCGCCGCAGCCCGCGCCGGCGUCCGUGGGGCGAGCCUCGUAGGCCGGCAGGACCGUGUUGGUGCCUCUCACGGAAAGAGACUUGUGCAGGCGACGAUGACAUCUCGCUGACCCUUGCCAGACCUGCUCUCCGUGGCAAGUGAGAGAGUGGGUCAGGACAGAAGGUCAGAGGACACCAUGAAGCUCAAGCAGCGCGUUGUGCUGUUGGCGAUUCUCCUCGUUAUUUUUAUCUUCACCAAAGUUUUCCUGAUUGACAACCUGGAUGCAUCCGCUGCCAACCGGGAGGACCAGAGGGCUUUUCAGCGAAUGAUGGCAGGCUUGCGAGUGGAACUGGCCCCCAAGCUCGAACACACCUUACAGUCUCCCUGGGAGAUCGCAGCCCAAUGGGUCGUGCCCCGGGAGGUGUAUCCUGAAGACACUCCAGAGCUGGGGGCCAUCAUGCAUGCCAUGGCCACCAAGAAAAUUAUUAAGGCUGAUGUAGGCUAUAAAGGGACACAGUUGAAAGCCUUGUUGAUCCUUGAAGGUGGCCAGAAAGUGGUUUUUAAACCAAAGCGGUAUAGCCGAGACUAUGUGGUAGAAGGAGAACCAUAUGCAGGCUAUGACAGACAUAAUGCAGAAGUGGCAGCCUUCCAUUUGGACAGGAUCCUGGGUUUCCGACGAGCCCCUUUGGUGGUUGGCAGAUUUGUUGACCUGCGGACAGAAGUGAAGCCGGUUGCCACAGAGCAGCUCCUGAGUACAUUCUUGACUGUGGGGAACAACACCUGCUUCUACGGAAAGUGCUACUACUGCCGGGAGACAGAGCCAGCCUGUGCAGAGGGCGACACCAUGGAGGGCUCUGUCACACUCUGGCUUCCUGACGUGUGGCCUCUGCAGAAGCACCGGCACCCCUGGGGCCGGACCUACCGAGAGGGCAAGCUGGCCAGGUGGGAGUAUGAUGAGAGCUACUGUGAUGCAGUGAAGAAGACAUCUCCGUAUGACUCUGGCCCACGCCUCCUGGACAUCAUUGACACCGCUGUCUUUGACUACCUGAUCGGCAAUGCUGACCGCCAUCACUACGAAAGCUUUCAGGAUGAUGAGGGUGCUAGUAUGCUCAUCCUGCUGGACAAUGCCAAAAGCUUCGGGAACCCCGCGCUGGACGAGAGAAGCAUCCUUGCCCCUCUCUAUCAGUGCUGCAUCAUUCGGGUUUCUACUUGGAACAGACUGAACUACCUGAAGAAUGGGGUGCUGAAGUCAGCCUUCAAAUCCGCCAUGGCCCAUGACCCCAUCUCACCCGUGCUCUCAGACGCUCACCUGGAUGCCCUGGAGCAGCGGCUGCGGAGCGUACUGGCCACUGUGAAGCAGUGCACUGACCAGUUCGGGCUAGAUACAGUGCUGGUGGAGGACAGGAUGCCGCUCUCCCACUUAUAGCUGCCACAUGUGCAGGUGGAACUGGUUUUUACAGAGAUAGAGAAACAGCACAAUCACCAUCAUGAGCUCUGGGGCUGGGGCAGGAGGAAGAGCCUGGAAUUUCUUGGGUAUUUUCUGUAGCAGAAACUCAAGAUACAUUACAGAAAUGUUCUCCCUCCCCAUCCCACCCCCGCCUCAGCUCCUGGAUUGGACCUCAUAGAGGAUAUGGAAGUAGUCUCAUGCCAAAGGACAAACAGAGGUGACUUGGGGUGUGUUAUGGCUGGGACUGGCCAGGGUAUGUGUGUGGUGUUAAACCUUCAAGCACUUUCUCCAUACCGUGGAUUUUCUGAGAACAUUUAGCUAUCUGGUGAGCUCUUUUUUACUGAGACUAGUCAACCCAGGAAGCUGGGAGCCCAAGGCGUAGGGACAAGGGGACACCUGUCAUACCAUCAGACUUGUGGGUACUGGGGAGGG